UGUUUUCCAAGAGCAGAUAAAAUUUCUGUAUUGAAUAUCAUUUUGCAAAUUGAAAGUUACGGCGCAAACACACAAAACAUCGAUGAUCGGUUGCUAAUAUCAUGCGACGGAGACUAUGGAAAGUACCGUUUCCACGACAGUCGGAUAGAACUUAAGCGGAACAGAACCGGAUUUUUAUCUGUCCAAAAACUGUCAACUCGGCAGCAUUCGGACAAUUACUUCAACUGCUACAAAAAGAUGUAUGUAAGUGUUGCCGCUCUAAAUUUUCUGUAAAAUUAGAACAGAUCCUUCAAACUACCAAAAUGACAGUUUUUUGAGAGAUAUAGUUGUCAAGAUAAUUAUUUAGGCAACUAUUGCUAAACAUAAGCAGUCUGCAGUCUUCCCAUGUUGUCUGGGAGCAAAGUAAGAGUUUUUAACCUAAAAUUAUUAAUAUGCCUACUUUAAGUGGUCUUGUUUACAGAUUUGUCUAGAAAAUUGUAUUUCAAAUGUGAUUUAUUUUAAAUUAUUAGUGUUUUGUACAUAAAAAUUACAAAUCAGUUUCAUUUUUAUAUACGUUUUUUGUAUACACGGGAUAAAGUAUAUCUGUGGCGCCAAAGUAAUCGGAAUCGUGUCCGUGUUUCAUAAUUCUAGCCCUUCUUCCAAUCGAAAUAAACAAAACACUUCGAGUAACGGUCAGGAAUUGUGUGCACCAAAAACUUGCCCGUUUCUAAAGAAGAUAUUAUUAAACGACUAUCGAUUUGUAAUUUAGAUGGUUAUGUAGCUGCAUCACACGGAAACAAUCAGUAACCCCUUAAAGUGGGACGCCACAAAAUCUGUGUAAAUAGUACACGGUAUGCAAACAACGGCUUCGUUCGGACCGACAAUUCAUCCAAACAUUUUAAGAGCCAUGCAGUCACAACCCACACAAAACAUGUUUGUUCAACCGAGCGUUACUAACAGUUCCACCCAAGUACAUACAAAUUCAGCGAGUAGUUUAUAUCGAGGACCUUCCGCAAGUCCAGCACCUCGCAAUGGUACUCGUCAUGUUCCGAUGCCAGCUAUGUAUCCACAAACAAUGCAUCAAAGUGUUGUUGUGCAGCCAUUCCCGCAAUAUCAGCGGCAGGCAUUUCCAGCGCCACCGUAUGCACAAUACCCACAACCACUGCAACCAAAUUAUCCAUACCCAUAUCCGUCGUACUACCCUGUUCCUUCACAGCGUGGUGGCGUAGGUGUUACUACUGGUGUUAGCAACACAAUGACAGGACCAAAUGGUCCGAUGUCAGGCGCAACACAAACACAAAUGCCAUUGGCGCCCGGAACAGUGCUAACUGCAAGUGCAGUUCCACCUGGGACCAAUCCUACGGUAUUAGGCGUAGCCCCAAACCCUAAUGGACAACAAGUAGCCGUUCAGUCAAUUGUAGGUGUUGUACAAUCGGCAGUUCCCACACAACCUAGCCAAAAGUCAACUCGCAGACGACUCCAUGCUAUCAAAAUAAUUGAUCCAAACACAAAUAAGGACAUCUUUGAAGAUUAUGAUGGAACAAAGGCAUCGUCCAGUUCUGAUAUUGAGUAUCCCGAACAAAACAUGUAUGCCCCGCAACCGAUUAUUAUGGCUGAACAACUGCGUAAUAUACCAUAUGAGAUGAUGGACAUGCCACUUAUGUCUCGGGAUGGAGCUCUUAGCCAGACUCCAAUUGUGUCUGCAAUAUCAGAUGGUCCUUCUGUAGAAAUCCUGCCUUCAGUGCAAAAGCCUCGAAGUAAAAAAAUUCUUCCUAUCAUAAAUCCAAGGGAUGUAAAUUCUGUACACGCUACGGAAACCGAAUCGAGUGAUAUAUUACCAUCAAUGCAACAUGUUCAUUGUCAGCCACAUACAACAUCGCACAUAGAAGAAGUUGUGUCUGCAAAAUCUGACUGCGUUCGACAGCAACUGCCCUUUUUACAAACCCAUCAACAACAAUCACACCAUCUCGUGUCACAAACAAAAGAACAUCUAGAGCAAGAAAUAUCAGCAGAUGUAAAUAUUAUUACGGACGUAAUUAAUAGCAACGUGUGCAAAGAAAGGGGUUCUAGAGACGGAAAUCAUACACAACAGAAACAAAAUUCCAGCCCAACGUUGACUACUACAGAUGACUCAUCAAUUAGUGUUCCGAGUUCAGUAGCAUCGGGAGCUAAUAAAGAUUCAGUGUCUUCAGAAUUGCAGCAGCAACUUCAAAAUUUUGAAUAUAAUAGGGAUGUGGAUCUAGAAGAACCUGUAACAACUUUAAGCCUCUCGAAUGCCAUCGGUAGCAGCGUACCUGAAAUUUUGACGCAUAUAGAUGUUACACACCUGCAGGAGACCAAUCUACCAGCACGAAGUAUGCAACUUACACGGGAAACACCGGAUGGAAUAAAAGGGAAUAAAAAUAUUUCUAAUAUUAAUAGUGGCACGGAGCAAUCUUCCGAAAGUAAUCAUGUUGAAUUUGAGACCAAAAAUGUGCCAUCAUCUUGUGAAGCACAGAAUACUAGUGAUUGGGAAGAUAACUCUAAAGUGGAUUACAACAUCAAUAAUGUAAACAAAAGUCAGACAUUACCGUUCAAUAAAAAUGAAGAAGACGAGGACACAGCUCAAACUCAAAUCGUUCAGUCUCAGUGUUCAAAAUCCGGACAUUCUGAGAGGGCGAAUGAAUGGGACGAAACUGAUCAUCAACGGCUUAUGGAAAAUUCCGAAUCUAGUGGAGUUGCGGAGUUGACAACAAAUGCUAAAAAAUUGACAUCCGAAACAGCGGAAGUAGAAGAUGCUGCCAAUGACAUUAAAAAUAGUAAUACUAGCAUCGAAAAGAAAAUAGUUGCGAAGGAAGAGGAGUCUACCAGUAAUAUUACUUCUUCAGAUAAUAACAACGCCUCUUGUGUUGCUGAUCAAUCUGCAGUGCCACAAUUUCUGAUUAGCUAUAAUGAGGGUCAGUGGUCACCCAACAAUCCGUCAGGGAAAAAGCAGUACGACAGAGUACAACUUCUAAAAUUACGUGAGGCGAUAGCAUCUCGUCGGCAACCUGAAGUUAAGAAUGUAUCAAUAUUACCUACGCCUAAUUUGAUGCCAUCCUUUAUUCGAAACCCAAAGCGUGUUCAUUCGGUCGGUUCUUUAAGCACUAAUCGCGGUGUUACUGGAAAUGUAUCUGGACCCGAUGGUUAUGGAAAUAAGCAAACAUCUAUGUCAGGAGUACAUGGACGUGGGAGCAUGAAAGGAAUGAUAGUUGUGGAUAUUUCACUCAACCAGCAUGUUAAAUUAAAUGAAAGUGACAAUGCCUGGUGCCCUAGAAUAUUGGUUAAAGAUGAUGUCGAGGUUGAUCCAGAGGCUCAAUCAAAGCGUGAAAAGGAAGAACUUAUACGUCGUGUCCGUGGAAUAUUAAAUAAGCUGACACCUGAAAAGUUUGAUGCUUUAGUCGAAGAAAUAAUCAAACUGAAAAUUGAUACACCUGAUAAAAUGGAAGAUGUAAUGGUUCUUGUAUUUGAAAAAGCGAUAGAUGAACCAAAUUUUUCAGUCUCGUAUGCUCGUUUAUGUCAUCGUUUGAUUUCCGAGGUAAAGAGGCGAGACGAACGAAUGGAAAGUGGUACGAAGACGAACCUUGCCCAAUUCCGCGCAGCAUUGUUGGACAAAACUGAACGCGAAUUUACAUAUAAUGUUACGAAAAGUAUUGCAAAAGAGAAGAAACUUCAGCCAAUUAUUGAUAAAAUUGCAGAAUGUAACGAUCCAAUAGAAAAGGCUGAAUUGGAGGCGCAGCUAGAAGAAGAGGAACGGAAAAUUCGCCGUCGCUCAGGUGGUACAGUACGUUUCAUCGGAGAACUUUUUAAAAUCUCUAUGCUUACCGGAAAUAUUAUCAAUUCUUGCAUUGACGGUCUGUUAAAUCCGAAUUCGGAAGAUCAGCUUGAAUGUUUGUGUAAGCUUUUAACAACGGUUGGAGACAAAUUUGAACAAACACCAAUUAACACAAAAGAAUCAACACGUUGUUAUUCGUUAGAAAAGACCAUGAGCCGCAUGCAAGCGAUAGCAUCGAAAACUGAGAAAGAAGGAGCAAAAGUUAGCUCCCGUGUCCGUUUUAUGUUGCAAGAUGUGAUUGAUUUGCGUCGAGACAAAUGGCAGUCGAAACGAAACGAAGCACCUAAGACAAUGGGGCAGGUAGAGAAAGAAAUGAAAACUGAACAAUUAUCUUCACGAUAUCUUAACUAUGCUGGGUCGAUGUCAGGCGGGGGAAGCGGCGGUUCUAAUGGACCGUCUUCGUUAGGUUCAGGUGGCAAACGAGAUGAACGUGUAGGUGGUGGUAGAUUCAACGAAACACGGUCCGGGUACGGAGGCAGUCAUAGUCAACGAGGAGAUACUGGCAACAUGAGACGUCAGCAACCAAUUGGUGGAAAUAGUGGCAAUAAUAGUGCAAGCGGCAUGCAUUUUAAUUCUAAUGGCGACGACAGCACAUGGCACGUUCAAACCAGUAAAGGAGGAAGUCGUGUUUUGGAUCCUCUGAAACUGGAGGGUUUGUCAACCGCCAAUAAUUUUGAUAACAAAAAAAUGGGCGGUGUAGGUCUUUUUGUUUGGUCAAAUGGCUCAAGGCAAUCUUCAACACCUUCAUCCACACCUACGAAUUCGUUUGCAGCUUUAUCUACACUUAAUGAUACUAGUAGAAGUAAUGAUAGAGAUCGAAGUGGACCACGUAAUAAAGGUUCCUACAACAAAGGAUCUAUAGAACGUGACCGUUAUGGAAUGCUCCCACGAUCUGGUUCCUCGCAAACGUCGCGAGAGAGUUCAUCGUCACGAGGCCCACAACAAACACGCUCAGCCUUGACUACGACGGCAAUACCGAAGACAUCAAGCCAUACUAAAUACACACAACAGCAAAUGUCAUCCAACAGGAUUUCAACUAAGCUUUCAGGUACGGGAUCAUCUUUAUAUCCUCAACGCGGAAUUGAUUCGUAUUCCCAUUCAAAUCUGCAAACGGAUAGUAGUAGUAGCAGUGGAAAACUUAUUGAGCCACCGGCGGCUGUGUUUGAAAAGCUCAACGACGAAGAUAUUCUAGUCAUAAAAUCGGUUGUUUCAGAUAUGGUAGACAUAGGAUCGAGUAAUAAAACACUAAGAAAUUCAGUAGAAUCCUGUAUUCUGCGAGUAAGAGAGAAUCAGCGCUGUGCUCUCUUGUCUUACAUAAUGACAGAUUAUUUGCAUUUGCGACAUAUAGGAAAACUGCAAAGACGAUAUUUAGGCAAUGUAGUCGUAUAUUUAAUUCACAGCAAUUUUAUAUCUGUUAAACAUUUUAAAUUAGCUUACAAGCACUUUUGCGAAAUAGCCAGUGACUUAUCGGUUGAUAUUCCUAACCUCUGGGAGUAUAUCAUUCAAUUCACAGGGCCAUUAAUCAGCAGAAAGCAUAUAUCAAUAUCUGAUUUGUGGAACAAACAAUUAAAAGAAAUCUCAAGUGAUGACUCACGCUUUGGAAAAAAGUUUUCAAAAACAUAUUUAGAUUAUUGCUUGAGUCAAAUCGGUCCUAGUUUCACGCGAUCAAUGUGGAAGAAAUCAAACUGCAAAUGGACAGAUUUCAUGCCUGAUGGUGACGUCCACAGUUUUAUACAAACAAAUAAAUUUGAAUACAUUGAGAACGAUAAACUACAGCCUUCAAUAGUAAUAAACGGGUCUAAAGAGGACCAUAUAGCCGCAGUUGCAGAAAGCGUCGAACAUUUACUAAAUGAGGAAGCACCGGCAGAUUGUAUAAUAGAUUACAUUAACGGAAACAUUGUUGAUAUUGAUAAACAGUUUAUCAGAAGUUUGGCAACUAAGUUAUGUGAUUUUGCGAUUUCAUACCGGGAAAAUAGUUACAAAUUGGAUGUGAACUGCUUCCAAAAGGUUUGCAUUCCUGUUUUACACCGGUAUAUUGACUCAAAAGAAGGAUUUGAAUUGGAAUGCUUGUACGCCAUGCAGCUAUUGGUAGCACGGUUGGAACACCCCAGAGGUCUGCUCAGUGACCUCUUCGGGGAACUAUACGAUGCUGAUGUAAUACCGCAAGAUUCAUUUAUUAAAUGGCGAGACUCGAAAGAUCAAUCAGCUGGCAAAGGUGUUGCAUGCAAAGGACUUAAUCCAUUUUUUACUCAUAUACUUAGCAGUGAGACCAGCGACGAAAAUAAUUAACGAAUCAACAAAUUCACGUAUACAGAAGCCUUUCGAUGAAGACGUAUGUUUAAUGUGUAUACAAUUGGGUCGCAUUUAAGCUAUUGUAAAACCAUUAGCACAUACUAUUCUAUGUAAAUACGUGAAGUAAUCUAAAAAAAAACGAUAAAUGAUAUACAUAUAUUUUGCACCGUUAAGUAAAAAAUUUCAAAGUUUGAGUGAAAAUAACUUAACCUCUCACCUAUUUUAAAAUAAAACGAAUGGAACACGGAAGUUUAUAUACAAUAUGGAAAUAGUGUUAUAAGCUUAUCUUAUAUAAUUAUUAUGGAUUCAAAUUAAGAAAACCACAAUAUAUUAAAUUGUAAGAAAAUGAAGUUAUUGAUAGUAGUGAAGCGUAUAUUUCAAACGAAUCAUGCUAAGAACUAAAUCAUCUUUGAAGCUUAUACUGGCGUUCAAGAUAAAUCUCUAAGAGAUUAAUCAUGUAAAAUAUAAUAAUUAAGCUUAUUGUAAACAAGUUUUUAAAUAAAUAUAUAUAAAUCAUUAA